AAUGAAUGAAUGAAUAAUAAUUUGAAGAGAAUAAUUACAAUAUUAAAUGCGGAAAUUCUAAAUGAUGAAUUUAUGGAACUUAUUGUUGAUGUAUAUACUCAGUUGUGUUAUCCUUGUUAUAUGUACUUUAUUUGUAGAUUGUAUGUGUUUAUUUUGGUAGUCCGUAUACAUGCUGGGCUUUGUAUGUUUAAUUUUGAAAUGCCGUACCGGAAGCUGUGAGAUAUCAUGUGUGGCUUUGACAGUCUGGGCCAGGCUACUUUCUCUGCAGCGGCAGCUGUCAUGCAGGUGGAAUGUACGCAGUGUAGACUCUGGUUGGGGGGCUGGCAGCCGGGCGCACUUAUAUCCUCGGCCUGCUGCGGUCUCAGACGGAUCCUGGAGACGUACUCAUUCCCGCUAGACUACACACCGGAAAUGCAUUCACUUAAUAACGCAAAACGCAACACGAGAAUUUAGUUCCGUUAUAUUGUGCUGCGUUGCUGCGCUGGAUGCUGACUGUUUGUUUUUCUGGGCUGGCGCAGUCCUUCUUAGCUGAUGGCACUCAUCACUCUUGGAGUGGAAGUCACUAUAAUCUAGGAAGUCACUAUUCUAACCAUUUCUAAGAAAACAGGAUAAAGUCCGUCCCAAACAGUUCUCGUCAAUCCAUGACCAUGAUGGAUGAAGCCGCUUCUUGCGAGAACACCCCGGACCUGAGAGACAUAGAGGCGAAAAUCGGCCGGAAGACCCCCGAGGGUUUGCUCAGGUGGAUGCGGGAGGAGGCGUCCACCUUCCGGGGAGAAGUCAAACUGGUCCCCGGAGGGCACGAAACCACCAAGGAGAAUGGGAAGAAGAGCCUGGAUGAAAAGAUCAGAAUAUUAAAGGCUGAGAUGGCACACUUGCGCUCAGUGGAUGUUAAGAUCCUUCAGCAGCUUCUGGCGGUCAACGAGGGCAUCGAGGCAGUGAAAUGGUUGCUGGAGGAGCGUAGCACGCUAACGAGCCGCUGCAGCAGCCUCACGAGCAGCCAAUACAGCCUGGGAGACGGUCCAGACACCUCCUGGAGAGGUUCUUGGAGUAGCCUUCACGACCCCAAUGAUAAGCUGGACAACAUUUCCAUAGGCAGUUACCUGGACACCCUGGCAGAUGAUAUGGAUGAAUACUGCCCUUCAAGCUCAGAAUCUGUCCUCUGCUCUUCCACACCGCAGGUCUCCGAGGUUACUGCCGUGGGGCGGACAGCUGGAGGCUCCGCAGCUACUGUAACAGGGGAUAAACCCGGGGUUAGUACCGGGGUUGAGAAUGGAGUUGCAAAUACCAUUCGGUCCAGAUCAACUGAGAAAACUGGAAACGGGGCAAUCGUUGUCAGUGAUGUCAAUGGGAACGGGAUAAUCGGGACCGGAACUGGAAAGACGUCGCUUCUUGGCCGCAUUCCUGAAUCUCAGUCUAAAGCCAAGCAGGAUUCUUUAGUUUGCUCUAAGGUGGCAGAGACAAGCCCGGUCCCUAGGAACAAUCCUCAGACCCAGAUCAUUAAGACUAACGGGACGGUGGAGAAGACAACUCUACAAACUAGACCUGGCCUCACUGAAAAACUGAACCACAGCCCGAAACGUAAACCUUACAAAAAUGGAAAUGUUGAGUUGGAUACCUGCAAACUAAAUAGUAAGAUGCAUUUGGAGUACGACGCUCACUGGCGGUGGGUGCAAUCACAAGAAGAUGUGACGUUUUUGUAAGAAGACUAUUAUUGAGUAUGCACUGCAUCAGGAAUGCUUCCCUUGCUAAGAGUCCAUCGCUGGCGGUGCUGAAAAAGAACUAAGCAACAUUUUCGUUGAGUUGGUCCCCCUUAAAAUGCGCAAAUAGCACACUGGGUCAACGGCCAUUACAAGAAGUUGACCAUUACCAGUCUUCUAAGCACAUAUCCUGUACCAAAUGAGACAUCGACAUAAUUGUAAAAAUGGACCUUCUACUAUUCUACCAUUCACUACCGGACAUUUUGGACAUGUUUGACUGAUUAUUCAAGGCACACAGAAUAUUGUGUUCUAUGGCUACAUAAACAUGGAACCUAUUAAAAAGUAACCUUUUGGUUAUUUCUACCCUUUUCAGUUAGAAUGAAAGUUUCAGGAAAAUAUCAGUUCCCAACUAAAAAAAAUGAUUUUUUCAUUUUGACAUAAAUAUUGUUUCCUUGGGGCGGCACGGCGGUCUAGUGGUUAGCGCGCAGACCUCACAGCUAGGAGACCAGGGUUCAAUUCCACCCUCGGCCAUCUCUGUGUGGAGUUUGCAUGUUCUCCCCAUGCAUGCGUGGGUUUUCUCCGGGUACUCUGGUUUCCUCCCACAUUCCAAAAACAUGCUAGGUUAAUUGGCCACUCCAAAUUGUCCAUAGGUAUGAAUGUGAGUGUGAAUGGUUGUUUGUCUAUAUGUGCCCUGUGAUUGGCUGGUGACCAGUCCAGGGUGUACCCCGCCUCUCGCCUGAAGACAGCUGGGAUAGGCUCCAGCACCCACCGCGACCCUUGUGAGGAAAAGCGGUAGAAAAUGAGGGAAUUAAUGUUUGUUGACUAGGCUGCACGGUGAUCUAGUGGUUAGCGCACAGGCCUCACAGCUAGGAAACCCGUGUUCAAUUCCACCUCGGCCAUCUCUGUGUGAGUUUCCAUGUUCUCCCCGUGCAUGCGUGGGUUUUCUCCGGGUACUCCGGUUUCCUCCCACAUUCCAAAAACAUGCUAGGUUAAUUGGCGACUCCAAAUUGUCCAUAGGUAUGAAUGUGAGUGUGAAUGGUUGUUUGUCUAUAUGUGCCCUGUGAUUGGCUGGCGACCAGUCCAGGGUGUACCCCGCCUCUCGCCCGAAGACAGCUGGGAUAGGCUCCAGCACCCCCCGCGACCCUCGUGAGGAAAAAGCGGUAGCAAAUGAAUGAAUGAAUGAAUAUUGUUUCCUAUUGUGACAGCUCAAAUAUCUAAACCAACCUUAAAUAACACAAAGGGUUGUUUUACAUCAAAAUAAUGUAUUUACAAAUAUAACAUCAUGAACUAUUGACAGUACUACGUGGGCGCACCCAUUAGUGUGCGUUGAGAUUUCCCUGAAUUGUGUAACCUCCAGGCUACACUCCUCUAUGCUCGCUCACUUCCUCCUUCCUGUCAUGUGAGUUGUCAUUUAAAUGAUCCUUGCAGAGCUCUAAUGCAUCAGUGCAGAGUUGCAUCAUCUUUUGUACCCCAAAAGAUGUAAAAGACAUUUAUAGUAAAUAUGGUGUUUGGAGCUGGCAUUCAGGAUUAAAAAAAACAUAUAAAUACGUCUUUGGUAUUGAUCGAUUUUCUCACCUUUAGGACCUCAGGAUCACAUACCUAUCUGUUCUUCUUUUAGAUCCCCGUGAUCAACGAUCUAAAUAACUCCAUAGAUGACAUUGGACUAUGUUUGGGUUGCACAAAUUAUGGGUAUUCCCGUUGUGUGUAUUAAAUAUGACAUGUGUUAUAUGCUAUUUGCUAAUGUAUUGACAAGUGAAACACAUGUAUUAUUACCCUCAUGAGUGCAAAUUUGUGCAUGUUUGUCUCAAACACUUAAGCUGACAAGGAUUCCUUCAUUCUAUGUACUAUUAUGCAAUGUUUUGUCAAUGCAAGCUGGAGCUUAACCUAUCAUCUGCAAUAUGUUGAUGUCACUGUUAUGGGUCCCUCUGUACCUGGCAGGGCCGGUUGUGGGUUCAGCAGCUAUUGUGCCUGAUUGGUCGAAACCUUAUACUGUAUAUGCCUGGCCUGUUUUUUUUUUCUUCUUGAGUAGAACUUGCACUUGUUAUGAUAAUCUUGGGUGGUUGGUGUAUUUUGCCUGCUUGUGUGCAUAAAAAGGCUAGACUAUCA